GUUCAUUUUUGUUUUUCUUAAAUUCAUAACCGUUGGCUAAUAAUCUCAAGACUAUCUGUAAAAGAACAAUAACAUUAUCUAAAGUAACUAAAACUAAUAUGUACUUAUUUAAAAUAAAAAAAAAAUAUCAAGACAUUUUGACCGUACUAACUUUAGUGUUGUCAUAUAAAAAGUUUGCAAAAAAAUCCAGUAUCUACUUUCGUUAGCCAGACUCUACUCGGCUUAGCCAGUCCGUCUUAAAAUACCGUAUAUGAAUGUCAGCAAGUCUUAUUUCUGAAUCUUGGAGUGAGUUGUAACCAGAACUGCAAGAAACAUCAAUGUGAGAGUUAAGAUUUUUUGCAAAGCCAUAGUUCGUGUCUAAGUCUCGUUUCUCUAUCUUCGCCUCAGUACUAAGUCAGACUCCAGUAGGUCAAAAACGUAUUGGAUUUGACAUGGUGGAGUCAUAUUUAACUUUCGUCACUGACUUACGACACCCUUAGUAUAAGAACUGAAGAUUGAUAAAUAGUCUCUAAGGUUUUAUUAUAAAGCAAUAAUACUAAAUAAUGACUAUUUCAGAAAAAUGAAGCUUUUAAAACUUGACAGUAUUUUUUUUUUAAUUUAUUGUAUAUAUUUAAUUAAUAAAUAAUUCUUGGAUUAUAUAUUUUUAUUUUAUGUUCUUGGCACACUUUGUCUAAGUGAAUUGAAGUAGGUACACAAACUCAAUAAUAUAUUUUAUUGUUCCCUGAAACUUAAAAGUUUAAAUUUAUUGAGUCAAAGUUUUCGACAAAAAAGUUAUAUACCUACCCUUAACCCCUUUGGGCUAUUCUUUAAUUAUAAUUAUUCCGCAUUGUGUUUUAUUUGUUUAUUAUUAUUCCUUAUUGUGUUGCCCUAGUGCGUAAAUGAUUUACAUAAAUACUAAUUUUCAGCAGAGGACGAUUCUUGCCCUUAACAAAACGACUGCCAACCUACUAAAAUCAAUUCUUCCUUCAGCGCAUUCUAGGCAUUAGAAAAAGACCAACAUUACAAUUAUUUAACAUAAUUUUAAAUUUAUCCGACGUAAUACAUAGCUUUAAUCCGGUUAAAAAGUUUUUUCUUUAAUGUGUAAAGGUUAUGUCAAUAAAAGACAAUACUAAGACCAACAUAUCCUUUAGUUUAAUAUUUCACAGCGUUCAGUGUUCCUAGCCUAGUACACAAUCAGUAACCAUAGCAACGCUACUUUUGCUGUAAACAAAUUGAAGUGUGUAACAUUUAAAUUUACUUAUUCGUAGGCACGUAAUUCUAAAUCAGAGAAAUCGUGGUGGCUAAUAUAGAUAUAGUCCAGUUUUAUUAUUAUACCUGUGUAGUAGUCGUAAUUUCAAGUCCAUCGUAACAUGAAAAUGUAUAAAUACUUAAAAUGAAAAUGCCUCCCUAAUCGGUAAUUGUUAAUAUUCAGUAUAUAUUAUAAUAGUGUGUAUAAGUCCGACUGUGCAAUGAACCGGUAUCUUAUGCUGCAGCAGCUCGGUGACGGUACGUAUGGCUCAGUUGUGCUAGCGCAACGCAGAGAUACUGGAGAAAAGGUGGCUAUCAAACGCAUGAAACGAAAGUAUUACUCUUGGGACGAAGCUAUGAACCUUCGCGAGGUUAAAUCUUUAAAGAAACUGAAUCACGCGAAUAUUGUGAAACUGCGCGAGGUCAUCAGAGAGAAUGAUACACUGUACUUCGUAUUCGAGUAUAUGCGUGGUAAUUUGUACCAGCUUAUUCGAGAUUCCGAGCGGCCGUUGCCAGAACCGGCGCUACGCAACAUCACAUUCCAAGUACUACAGGGGCUUGCUCAUAUGCAUCGCCAUGGCUUCUUUCACCGCGACCUAAAACCCGAGAAUUUACUUUGCGCCGGUCCUGACCUCGUCAAAAUAGCCGAUCUUGGACUAGCAAGAGAGACUCGUUCUCGACCACCUUACACCGAAUAUGUGUCUACCCGCUGGUACCGGGCGCCGGAAGUACUGCUACGCGAUCCCCACUAUGGAGCGCCUAUAGAUCUUUGGGCGCUGGGGUGUAUUAUCGCCGAGUUAUAUACGAGCCGCCCGUUGUUGCCCGGGAAUUCGGAAAUUGACCAACUACAUAAAAUGUGCACAGUACUAGGAACACCGAACUGGCCCGAAGGUCAUGCCCUAGCAGCAUCGCUGCGCAUACGGUUGCCGGCAAGUACGGGCAUUCCGCUGGCACGCGCCGUGCCCCGUGCCUCCGCUGCAGCACUAGCGCUGCUCGCUGCACUUCUGCGCUUCCCACCCGGAGAACGCCCAACCGCCACUCAGGCACUCAGAUAUCCUUAUUUUGCUGUAGGCACUGCCUUAGUACUGGGACCACCGGCUACACAACCUAGAAGGAGCAAUCACUAUGAAGACGAGAAAAUAUACCCGUCGGCGGUCCUCGAGAUGGAACCAUCCCACGAAACGGGUCCAACUACACGAGGAUACGUUGCGACAACAUACUAUGAUCAAUUUGCGCAUGUGUUAGGAGGAAAAUUGGUGAAAAGUGGCGGACGUGAUGCGGCAGUUAGUGGAGCUGGAGCUACCAUGGAAACGGAGCGAGCAGCCUGUGCGUAUUUUGGAGCCACACGGUAUGUCACUGGAACUAGGGUCGAUACCUCCUUCUUCCGCAAUCUACCAUUACAGUCGCUAAAAGAGGCUGCGGCGUUGGGAAGCAAUCCAACACGAGUGGACUGGGCCGCCAAAUACUUGCGAUGACACCUCCCCGCUUUCUUCAACAGCAGAGUCCCCAAUCAUGUCCAAUGGAUGAUGUCAGAAGUCAGUGUUAUUUAAUGCAUUCAAUGAUUGUUAACCGUCAUUAACAUGGUACAAUAAAAAUGAUUGU